AUGGCCCCAACCACCCUGGCCAUGGCACUUGCCAUGGCCGCACUCGUACCACUCACCCUCGCCGACGACUUACUGGCCACGUACGCCCAGUACCUCCAGAUGGGCGCGGCCGUGAGCCAGCUCGACGUGGUCGCGCAACAGGGCUACGCGCCGUACCGCGUCGACUGUCCGGCCAAUCUGACCUGGGUCAGGCCUGCAACCGGCCUGGCCGACGGCGAGAGCAAGUUCCUCCAGCAGCGCACACCCAACGUCGAAGCGGCGGUGGCCAAGAUCGUGGCCGAUGCGGGGAUCAGUAAGCCCCAACGCACGCCUGUCAUCGGUAUAGCCAUGUCGGGGGGCGGGUACCGGGCAAUGAUCACCACCAUGGGCCAGGUACAGGGCCUGCAGUCUAGCGGUUGGAUGGACGCCGUAUCCUACAUCUCUGGGCUUAGCGGCGGCUCGUGGGCUGCAACGACAUACGUCGCCAACGGGGGGAGAAACGCCAGCGACCUCAAUGAGAACGUGUGGGACCUUGGAACCGACCUCAUCUCUGGGCCAGCUGGCGGCAAAGAUGCCUUCUACACCCGGCUCGCAGAGCUCGUCAAGGCCAAAGCCGACCUCGGAUUCCCAGUCCAGAUCACGGACAUUUGGGGCCUCUCAAUCGCCAACCACGUCCUCCCCCUCGACUUCCGAACAGACACAAGCCCAAACUUCACCAUCUCCAAGCUCGCAGCCAACGUACCUGCCUUUGCGAAUGGCAACCUCCCCAUGCCAAUUAUCGUUGCGGCCGAGAUUCCACACACGACAGCAGCGGCGGCCAAGACUGCCCCCCUGUACGAGUUUACACCCUUCGAGUUCGGUACCUGGGACAGCUCGAAUGUCACCAAUGGCGGAUACUUUACGCCAGUCGAGUUCCUGGGCUCCAACCACACCAACGGGACGUGCUAUAACGGGUUCGACCAGUUGAGCUUUAUCACUGGCGUCUCGGCGACCCUGUUCAACAACCUCGGGAGCCUAACUUCGGCUCUGUUUGACCCCACCAGCUUCCCCUUCCUCAACGUCACCACUCAAAAUGUGGCGACGGUUCCCAACCCGUUUCAGGGGUACACGGGGAGCGAGAACCCCGACCCGGCCGACACGGAGCUUACGCUGGUAGACGCGGGCGAGACGGACCAGAACUUGCCCCUUCUCCCACUCAUUGUCCCCGAGAGGAAAGUGGACGCGAUCCUGGCACUGGACGCUAGCGCCGACACCAAGAACAAUUGGCCUGACGGAACCUCCCUGUAUACCACCUACAACGCCACUUCUGGUACCGACUUCAAGAUGCCCAUGGUUCCCAGCCCGAACGGCUUCAUCAACGGCGGCUUCAAUACGCGGCCCACCUUCUUUGGAUGCAACGAUACCGACACGCCCCUAAUCAUCUACUUGCCAAACUAUCCCUACUCGGCGUGGACCAACAUUUCAAGCUUGACCCUUACACAGUCGACCAACGUGACCGCGACCCAGAUCGUGUCUGCCGAAUCAAGCUUGACCCUCAACGGUACCGCGGGAUGGCCAACCUGCCUCGCCUGUGCGCUCACCGACCGCGCAAACGGAUAUACGGCUGCCAACCGCUCGUCCGUCUGCGCAGAGUGCUUUAGCGUAUUCUGCUGGAACGGUGAGGAUAACAGUACCCAACCGGACGCAUAUACCCCCACCAUCGGAACCCCGUCCUUUGUGUCUAGCCUCAAGCUCAAUGUUCCGUCAGGCGUAUCAGCCAAGCCGGAAAAGAGCUUGGCUGGCGCGCUUACUGUGCCCUCGGUGUUUGCGCUCGCUACUGCGGCGGUCGCCUGGCUCGCGAUCUAG